AAGUUUCUGUACAUUAACGUUUAUCGGAUUGCUAAAUGAGCAGUGUAUGUGUUACGCUUGUAUAUUUUCUUAUUUCAGUAAAUACAAUGAAACUUUUGUGUUAGGACUAUUGGUUGUAAUCUGUAUUCAAUGUACGUUGUCAUACGUUCAUAAUAAGGAUGAUCGAGUAAUGAAAAAGUUAACAGGAUCAAAUGCUAACGUGGAACAGUUUCUUGUUGACAAUAAAGAUAUUCUAGGAAAUUCACGACAUAAACAUCGUCAUCAUAGAAGAAAAGGUAGUCGAAGAAGAUGUAAACAUGGCCGCUGUAGAAAUGGUCAUCGUAAUUCAUAUGGCAGUAGAAUAUCUGGUCCACCAGCUGGUCAAGGUUAUCGUGGAGGAAGUGGAGGAGGAAUGUCACCAUUUGGUGGACAAAAUAUUGGUGCACUUCAACAGCAAGGUAGAGGUCUAGGUAGUAUGUUUGGCAGCUCACUCGGUGGUAUGAGAAGUGGAGGCCUUGGUGGGAUCCUUGGACAACAGGGUGGAGGUAUGGGUGGUAUGCUUGGUAAUCCACUCGGUGGAAUCCUUGGAAAACAAGGUGGGGGUAUGGGUGGUAUGCUUGGUAAUCCACUCGGUGGAAUCCUUGGACAACAAGGUGGAGGUAUAGGUGGUAUGCUCGGUAAUCCACUUGGUGGGAUUCUUGGACAACAAGGUGGUGGUAUGGGUGGAAUGCUUGGUGGUAUUAAAGGUGCUGCUAUAGGUCAGAUGGUUUCCGGGCUUGGUAGUGGAGGCGUUCUUAAAGGUCUUCUGGGUUAAUACUGGUGAGACUAACAAACUAACUGUAUUUACAAAAUUACAUCGAAAUGUAUUCUGGACAUCUAUCAAAUCACCUAAUCAUUUUGCAGCCGAAGCGCGAUAUCUAACUUCUGUUGAAAAAAUAAAUAAAGUCCA